AUUUCGAAUAUUUUAGACACGGUAUUCAACGACGACAACCGACAACAACAACAUCUUCGACAACAACAAAUUGUCUUUUUUCGCGUUCUAUAGAAAAAAGUGGCCAAGAAUUUGUUUAUAUAUGUAUGUAUGUGUUUGUGUAUAACGAAAUCGAAUAGAGUUCUUUGUGAAAAGUGAAAACAACUGUAAAUUAUUGCACACACACAGACCCGCACAUAUACACACAGAGGAAAAGCGCCGCAAAGUAUUCUACAACCUGCUCUCCCUUGCGGAUUACAAACAAAAUCGUAAAACACAAACCCUUCAAACUGUUUGCGUAACUGAGCGCCCAUAAAGAAUGCCGGCGGAAAUUAAGCCAUCCGCGCCUGCUGAGCCGGAAACGCCAACCAAGAGCAAGUCGAAGAGCAAUACACUGACAUCCUCGAAAGCGGCGUUGGCGCGUGUCACGCUGCUCGAUGGCUCCCUCUUGGAUGUGACCAUCGAUCACAAGGCGAAGGGUCGGGAUCUGGUGAACUCGAUUUGUGCUGGCCUGAACAUACUGGAGAAGGACUACUUUGGCCUAACCUAUGAGACGCAGGACGAUCCGCGCACCUGGUUGGACUUGGAGAAGCCUGUUUCGAAAUUCUUUCGCACAGAUCCCUGGCCAUUGGCGUUUGCCGUCAAAUUCUAUCCCCCAGAGCCGUCCCAGCUGCAGGAGGACAUAACGCGCUACCAUCUCUGCUUACAGGUGCGCAACGACAUCCUUGAAGGUCGCCUGCCCUGCACUUUUGUCACUCAUGCACUGCUCGGCUCCUACCUGGUGCAAUCCGAAAUGGGUGACUACGAUCCCAAGGAUAUGCCAAAUCGCUCCUACCUCAAGGACUUCAAAAUUGCGCCCAACCAAACGCCAGAGCUGGAGGAUAAGGUCGUGGAUCUGCACAAGACCCACAAAGGUCAAUCGCCCGCCGAGGCCGAGCUGCAUUAUCUGGAGAAUGCCAAGAAACUGGCCAUGUACGGUGUGGACUUGCAUCCUGCUAAGGAUUCCGAAGGUGUCGACAUAAUGCUAGGCGUGUGUGCCUCCGGCAUUAUGGUCUAUCGCGACAAACUGCGCAUCAAUCGCUUCGCUUGGCCGAAGAUAUUGAAGGUGUCCUACAAGCGCCAUCACUUUUACAUCAAAUUGCGACCGGGCGCAUUCGAGCAAUACGAAUCGACCAUUGGUUUCAAGUUGGCUAAUCAUCGCGCGGCCAAAAAGCUGUGGAAAUCGUGCGUGGAGCACCACACCUUCUUCCGGCUGAUGACGCCGGAGCCUACUACCAAGUCCACGCUGUUCCCACGUUUCGGUUCCAAAUAUCGCUUCUCGGGACGCACCUCGGCAAUGAUGAAGCAGACGCCUGUCGAUCGUCCGGGACCUAAGUUCGAUCGAGCCUUGUCCGGCUCCAACUUGAAGUCCCGCAGCAUGAAUGCUCUGGCCUUGACCGACAAAGACAAAGAUGCGCAGAAACGUCACACUCUCGGCCAUCAACCUGAUCCCGAUUCGCCGCACAGUAUCAGUCCAAUCAAAAAGGACAAGAAGGACAAGGACGCGGAAAAGGAAGCCAAAUUGCGCGAGAAAAAGUUGAAGGAACAAAAGGAAAAAGAGGAGAAGGAGCGUAAGGAGAGAGAGAAGCGCGAGCAAAAGGAGAGGGAGAAGGCCGAAAAGGCAGCCAAGGCCGCAGCAGCCGCUGCUGCCGCCGCCACCAAUGGCAAUGAUGAUCUGAAUGAUUCGAAUAAGUCCGACAAGUCCGGCAGACGUGGCGUCGGCAUCUUCAGUUCGGGUCGCAAGAGCAAGAGCCAUUCGCCAUCGAAGGAUGGCAAGGACAAGUCCGGCAAAGAUAAUGCCGGCGAUGUGGGUCGUCUUGGUCUUGUCGUCACAACCGGUCAGGGUGAGCAACAGCAGCAGGAUCCAAAUAAAAAUGCAGCUGGCAAUCGUGGCUCCACAACUCCGGGCGUUACACGUCCCUACGAAUAUGCCGUCGAUGCUGAUGGCAAUGCCAGCCCAACGCGCAAAUCCUAUCCACCUGGCGGUUUCCGCUACGAUCAGGACCCCAACAGUGGAAAGCAAGUGGGCCCAGACGGACAAGAGCAGCUCUCACCCACCUCGCAGCAAAAGAAAAUCGGCUUGGCCUUCAACUACGCCCCAGGCAGUGAGAAUGCAUUGAAGGAGACAGCUGAGAAGCUCAAGUCCGGGCAAUUGUCGCCACGCACCCAAGAUAAACUAAAUCGUGGACAGCUGUCGCCCAAGUCCAGAGCCAGGCUCUUGCAGGAUGGCAACUUGUCGCCCACCACGCGUGCCAAGCUGCAGGGCAGUGCCGUCGAUGCGGCCGCUGUGCCUCUAAGUGAUGCCCAGAAACGCUCCUACUCGCCUACUAAAGCGCCCGGUCAAGGUUAUUCCUCGGGUGCGCCUGGAAGCUACAAGCCACUGGUUGAUCCCACAGCAGCUUUUCUUGAGUCACAGCGCUACGAUAAGGAGCCCGGUUAUGUGGGUCUUGGUGGAAAGGACGGUGCUCAGCCUGGUGCUGGUAUUGCUGGAGCUGGUGGUGCUGGAAAGCCUGGCUCACCUACAAAGGCGGCUCCUGGCCUCGGCGCCGGCAUUGCUGCCGGUGCUGGUGCCGCCGCUGCUGGUGCCGCCGCUGCUGCUGCCGCCGCUGCCAAGCCCAAGAAGAAGCGCGUUAAGAUAAUGGUCAUCACCUCCAAAUUCGAUCCAGCCACCAAGCGCAUUGAUUCAGAGAAUGGCACCAUUGACCACUCGACAGGCAUCCUCGAUCCCGCCACGGGUCUCAUCGACACAAAGUAUGGCCUUAUUGAUCCGAAACGUGGCACCCUAGAGGCUCUAAAUACCAAGACGGGCAAGAAGGAGGUAUUCCAGGGGGAUGUUGAUCCCAAGACCGGCAAUUUGCACUUAAUUUCAGGCGUAUCUGAUCCCAAGACGGGACGCAUCGAUGAUUCUUUGGGACAGAUUGUGUGCAUCACGCCACAGGAUAAUCCUGUUGUGGAGCUAACGGUUAUUACCAGUCGCAUUGAUCCGGCCACAGGCAAAAUCGAUACUGUCAAUGGUGAGGUGGAGCGCUCGUUGGGCGUUCUCAACCUGGACACUGGUCUGCUGGACACCAAGUAUGGAGAGAUCAAUACACGCACUGGCGAGCUGAAGGCCAUCGAUCCGAAAUCUGGAAAGAUUGUUGUCACCAAGAAUGUCAAGGUUGAUCCGGGUACUGGUCAAAUAACCAUACUGGGCGUAGUUGAUCCCAAGACCAACAAGAUCGAUCCCAACCAGGGUCGCAUUAUCGAGGUCGGCCAACAAAUCGAUCCGAUUGUCGAGGUCACCUCACUGGCCGGCAAAUUUGAUUCGAAGAAGAACGUUAUCGAGCCCAAGACAGCCCAAGUAGAGACUUCGGGCGGCCAAUUUGAUCCAAAGGCUGGCAAAAUUGAUACCAAAUAUGGCCAAAUCGACCUCGUCAAGCACACCAUCACAUUCGCCGACCCCAAGACGGGCAAGACUGUGACGCGUGACAUUAAGAUCGAUGCUGCCACGGGCCAAAUCGUGCUCAAGAAUCAAAUAAACCCGAAAAACAAAAAACCAGACAAGGACUAUGCUCGCAUCAUUUCGCUGCGCAUUGUACAACAGCGCGUCGAUCCGGCAACCAAGGCACCCAUUGCCCAGGUCAGCGCUGCCAAAGACAAGGACAUCAUUGUCGAUCCCAAGUCCAAUCAAAUUUGGGUACCAACCGGAGCCAGCGAUCCCAGCACCAAGGAGCAACAAUACAUUUCCAGCAGUGUCGACCCCAAGACCGGCUAUGUUAUCACCAUCUAUGGCUACCUCGAUCCCAAGACCAAUGAAAUCAAGAAACAGACCAAGCUCGACCCCAACACAAUCAAAAUUGAACCAAACUCUGGCAAAAUCUACACAGCCACCGGCGAGGUGGACAAGGCCACCGGUGACCCUCUGUAUGCCACAACGCAAGUCGAUCCCGAGUCCGGCGAGGUUUACACCAAGCUGGCUCGCGUUGAUCCCAAGACGGGCAAAAUCGUCAUCGUUCGCAUACUGCUCAUCUCCAAGACCGACGAGCGGGGCCGUCCCGAGGAGAUUGACCCAGAAACAUGCGAAAUCGAUCCAGUUUCUGGUCGUGUUCUCAAAUUCUUCAACAAAACUGUUUAUGUUUAUAAUAUGGUUGAUCCCAUUACUGGUGAAAUUGUACAGGUGGACCCCAACGACCCCCGAUUUGCUGGCGCUCGCACUACUGUGACCCACACGAUGACGCUGACGGGCGAAAUAGAUCCGGUGACGGGACGCAUCAAGAGCGAAUAUGGCGAUAUUGAUCCAAACACUGGCGACAUUGAUCCAGCCACAGCCGUCCGGGAUCCAGUUACGGGCAAACUGAUUCUAAACUAUGCCCAAAUCGAUCCUUCGCAUUUCGGCAAGCAGGCCCAGGUCCAGACCACAACAGAAACGGUGCCCAUAACACGUGAACAGUUCUUCGAUGGCGUGAAACACAUUAGCAAGGGUGCUCUGCGCCGCGACUCCGAGGGCAGUUCCGACGACGAAAUGGUUAAGCAGUACGGCACUGAAGAAGUCAAGGAUAUCGUCCUGGGCAGUCCACAGGCAACAACGUUUGGUGGCAAAUACGUGAGCACGCCCACAGUGGUGAAGACGACGACGAAACAGGUGCUGACCAAGAACAACGAUGGCGUGACACACAACGUGGAGGAGGAAGUGCGCAACUUGGGAACUGGAGAGGUUACAUAUUCGACGCAGGAACACAAGGCUGAUGCACCACCUACCGACUCGAGCGGUGCUUAUGUUACUGCCACCGCUGUGACCACCCGCACCGCCACCACGCACGAAGACCUUGGCAAGAACGCGAAAACGGAACAGCUGGAGGAGAAGACCGUUGCCACCACCCGCACCCACGAUCCCACGAAACAGCAGCAGCGCGUUGUCACCCAGGAGGUGAAGACGACGGCGACGGUCACGAGUGGCGAUCAGUAUCAGAGACGCGGUAGUGUAUCGUCGACCAGCUCCGGAGACUCGGGCACGCCUAUCGAUGGACCCUAUGAUGGCUCCAGUGUGGUCCGCACACAGAAAUCUCCGGUAUAUGAAACCUCCACAACCACAUCCACUGGCCCCCAUGUUGAGAGCACGCGCGUCGUUCUAGGCGAGGAUACGCCCGGAUAUUCCGGACAUGGUGAAAUAAUCUCCACGCAAACAGUGAGCAGUAAAACACGUACCGUGGAAACGAUUACAUACAAAACCGAACGAGAUGGCAUUGUGGAGACGCGUGUGGAACAAAAGAUAACCAUACAAUCCGAUGGCGAUCCCAUUGAUCAUGACAAAGCGUUGGCUGAGGCAAUACAAGAAGCGACGGCCAUGAAUCCAGACAUGACAGUAGAGAAGAUUGAAAUCCAACAGCAAACGCAGUAGAUUUAAAUGUAUUUUUAAUAUGUAUUUUGAAGUAAAAAAUGCACACACACACCCACACACAUACACACACACACAAUCACUCAGAAUACAGCUACAUAUAAUUAAAACCCACACACACACACACAGCACCACACUCAGAGUACACCUUUUAUACUAUUAUAUACAUUAUGCUUACAUAUGUAUGUGUGUAUACUAUAUCUGCGAAAUGAACCCACAUGACAAAACAAAAACAUUAGAACAGACCACAAUACAAUCGACAAUGCAUUAUAAGAAACAAACCAGAAUAAUACAAUUCGGAAGUAUUUAUAUAUAAACAAACAAAACAAAACAAAACAAAACUAUUAUCUACAAAAGUAAAGAGAAAACAUUGAAAAAUAUUUACAACUGUCUGUAACAGUAGCAAGAUAUACAAAUGUUUAUUAUUUUUUGUAUUACAUAAUGUUGUUUUUUAAUUACUAUACUUUUUAUUAUGUGUAAUGAAUUACAUUGAGAAUAUAAUAAUAUUUGAUGUGCAAAAGCAAGUUUAAAAUUCUAUAUAUUGUAAAACCACAAUUGCAUUAAAAUACAAAUAAAAUUUAAAUGUACACAAAA